CUGCAUUUCAGAAGAUUUCAAAUAGCUGAACGCUUUUGCCUUAAGAUAAUAGCAUCAGAUAAUAGUUGUGUCUUAAAUAGAAUUCUUCCAACUCAACAUAAUAUUUCAUUUAAUAGCUUGGGCCCAUAUUUAAAUAGAUCUCAAUUAUUAUUGGGUAAUAUCCCAGAAUUACUUCGUACCAUAAUUCACUUAAAGUCUAUUACUGUAAAUAUGUACAAAGACUCUUUAUGGCCAUUUUACAGACAUGGCUAUAAUAUUCAUUUUAAUAGUAUUAUUGUAAAUAAACAAAAUUUUAAUAGUCAGGCUGAGCUACUGCAAUUUUUAGAUACUAAUAACUUGUAUUCUCUGUAUACUGAUGGGUCUAAGUCAGCAGAUAGAGUAACAUCAGCAUUUUAUGAUCCUCAAAAUAAAUCUACCAAAUGUUUUAAGUUGGACAGUAAAUGUAGCAUUUUUACAGCUGAAAGCUAUGCCAUUUAUCAAGCUCUUUUGUAUGUUAAAAAUAUUGUAUUUAAAAACUUUAUUAUUUUCUCAGAUUCCUUAAGUGUUUUAACUGCAUUAAAAAAUAAUUGUUCUAAAUAUUCUGUAAAUUAUUUAGUAAUUAAUAUUAAGAAUGUAAUUAACGAUUUGUACAACACUGGUAAAACUAUUGAGUUUGUAUGGGUACCAUCUCAUAGAGGAUUCACUGGAAAUGAGAUAGUUGACCAAGCAACCAGAAAUGAACACAAUGAAGAUCACUCCACAGACCUAAAGAUUCCUUUUACUGACUACCACUCUCAACUGAAGCACAAAAUGAAAUUACUGUGGCAUGAUUAUUGGAAAGAGACGAGCAAAGAAAAGGGAAGAUGGUAUGCUGAUAUCCAAGGAAGCCCGCCCGCCCAACCUUGGUACCACCGCAAUAAAACAGCUGAUUGUCGGAAAUUCAUUACCACCAUAAAUAGAAUGAGAUUUGGCCAUUGCCAGACCCGGACUCACCUGAAGAGAUUAAACUUAGUUCAAGAUUCGAAAUGCACUUUUUGUGAAGAAGAUAACGCUGAUUUAAAUCACAUCGUAUUUAACUGUCAAAGUUUUGGUGUUCACAGACUGAUACUCGUGACUGAACUACAAAGUGUUUGUGAUGAUGAUGAAGUACCUACACGCCUCCAAGAUCUUUUGGCUGACCAGAAGUUUUAUGCACCGCUAUAUAAAUACAUCAUAAAUACAAUAAACAAACUGUGAAGUGAAGUGAACUAACAAGUGUUGGCUCAAAAGGACACGUAUCCAGGGCCGUUAAAUCUAAUAUAAAAAAAAAA